AUGGGCUGCUCAAGUUGCUGCUGUAGGCCUAAAACAAGAACUACAAAGGUGAAACCAUUGAAUGCUGAAGAAGAUGAAGAAUUACCUGAGUUGGACGACGGACCAAUCGUUGAUAGACAAUGUCGUGACGUCAUUUUUCUCAUCAUCUUCCUACUGUACAUAGGUGGCAUGGGUUACGUUGGGUACCGCGGUAUUUCUCAGGGAGACCCGUACCGUCUGAUAUACGGCGUGGAUAGUUGGGGAAAUAUCUGCGACAAAGAAAACCAGCCAAUUCCCGGAGUUUCUAUGUCAGGCAGGAAUAUGGUGGGGAAACUGAGAACCUUGCACCUUGACCAGAGCUACUACAUGACUUUACUGACAACACACUUUGUGCCGUCGUUAAGUAACGAUCCUGAUAUUGUCAUCUGUUUGUCCUUCUGUCCAAACGAGACGCUGGGGACGCCGGCAGACGUGGACGCGUACAUGACGCGUACAAACGUCAGCCUGUGUCGCUAUGACACCACGUCUUACGUCAGUGAUAACGAUGUCUGUCUCACUCCAGUCUCGCCACAUACUAGUGUGUUUUACCGCUGUAUUCCUGAUACCGUGGUGACGAUGGUCAAAGGAAUGUCCGGGUCUUUUACAUCUUUACUUAGCGGUAUAUCCGGAGGAAGUUUCACUCAGAAGGUCAUCUCUGAUCUGAAAAACACUUGGGUAGAAAUGCUGUAUCUUGCUGCAACUGCUUUUGGAACCUCUAUUCUGGUGGUGGUCUUGAUGUGGCUCCUAGCGGCUGUGAUAAUCUGGAUGCUCAUCUUCUCUGUCAUCAUCUUCUGCAUCGGAGCCACCGGAUACUGCUGGUACUACUGGUAUCACUUUGACAAGAGAUACAAAAGUCUUAGUGCAACAGAACAAACGGAAGCAGAAAAAGAGAAAACACAGACUUGGCUUAUCUAUGCUGCGGUCGCCAGUGGAGUAACGUUGGUGCUGCUGCUUGUCUUGCUCAUCAUGAGAAAAAGAAUACAACUGGUAGUGCAGCUAUUCAAAGAAGCGGGGAAGGCAUUGAAAUGUGUGCCAUGUCUGCUUUUUCAACCUGUCUGGACUCUGCUGAUACUGAUUGGGACUGUGGUGGCGCUCGCUGUGAUAGCGGUAUAUAUUGAGACUUCCGGACUUCCUGUUGUCAAUAACCAAACCCAGACUGUCACUUACCAGAUGGAGGGGGCGUGGCAGUAUGUGCGAUGGUACCAAAUCUUUGGCCUUUUGUGGAUUACUGCUUUCAUUAUUGCAUGUCAAGAUUUCGUCAUAGCUAGUGCCAUUGCGACUUGGUAUUUCAAAAGAGACAGGUCUUCCAUGGGGUGUCCAAUACUGACAGGCAUAUGGAGAGUUAUGAGGUAUCAUAUGGGAUCCAUAGCUUUUGGGUCCUUCAUCAUCGCUGUGGUGCGGUUGGCUCGCCUAAUUCUUGCUUAUAUUCAGUCUAGACUGAGGGAUAAGAGCGGUGCUGUUGUGGACUUUAUUCUCAAGGUUUUACAAUGCUGUCUCUGGUGUUUUGAGAAGUUCCUAGCAUAUCUCAAUAGAAACGCCUAUAUUGAAAUAGCUAUCUUCGGCCACUCUUUCUGUACUGGAGCCAAGAAAGCGUUCAUGUUGAUUUUGGAGAACGCUCUGAGAGUGGCCGCCAUCAACUCUAUCGGGGACUUCAUUCUUUUUCUGGGAAAACUUAGCACUGUAGCAGUAGUCCUUGUCAUCGGCAACGAAUUUUUUCGAGGACAUGAGGAUGUAAAUUUUGCGUUUGUUCCCAUCACCGUUAGCUGUGUGGUUGCCUUUGCCAUAGCGCAUUGUUUUCUCCUUGUAUAUGAGAUAACAAUCGACACAAUUUUCUUGUGUUUCUGCGAGGACUGUAGAGAAAAUGAUGGAAUCAGCAAACCGUAUUACAUGAGCAAAGACCUUCUGAUCUUCCUAAAGAGUACAGAGAAAAUGAUGAUCAAAGGAUAUACACAGAAGUCAGAAAAACAAAAGAAGGGCAAACAAACGAAGGGCAAACAAACGAAGGAAGAGACAGAUCUGGCAACAGUGUAGAUAAGAGGGAUGGAUGGGGAAUUAAGUGUACCCCUAAGACUGUGGAAAAGGAAACACAACAGAAUUUCACAGUCUUUAGCACAGAACCAUCGUUACUGCUUUAUUCUCUUCACAUUAUCGCUUUGUCAACAGAGUUCAUAAACAAAUUUACAACUAUCUAGUCGAUUUUUUUAAUAUCAUAUUUGAAUAAAUUUUAUAUAAUUGUUAAUAUACAU